AUGUCUCCAACCAUCGGUGAAAAGAUUUUCGUGUGUGGCAGUAAUGACUACUCUCAAUUAACGGAUCAGCUUCCUUCGUUUCCUUGUAUUCAAAGAAUAACUGUGUUGCCCCGAAAUCAAAAUUCAGAGGGAUUUUAUGACUCUAUUCAUGAAAUGGUUUGUGGAGCCUAUUAUGGAAUUAUUAUGAAUGAAAGGGGUGAAUUGUAUGGCUGUGGAAGAAAUGAAUAUGGUGAACUGAGCCAAGAGGAUGAAUCAAUCACCGUUGUACCAGACUUCAGAAGAAUUCCUUUCUCCUAUGGAUCUGUUAAAUUUAUUGCUGCAAACUAUUUCACAUCUUACCUAGUCACCACUGAUAAUAAUGUCUACUGGUCUGGUAAUCAGACCAAUAGUCGUCGAUUUGUUCCUCAUGACGGAUUUUUAGAGCUCAAAAAGACCAUACUGAAUGGACAAAAAUAUAACAUUCACAAAAUUGAAACUGCCAAUUCGUCCAUUCAUUUCGUGUUAGAAAUCCAACAUGAAAAUGGAGAUUGGGAAUUAUUUGGUAGCGGCAAUGGUACACACAUGUACGAGGAUGGAACAGACAAGACAACACAGGAAUCAAAUCAUCAGGUACACAAAUGCAUGAAAUACAAGCAUCCACUUCGUAUUUUAAAAUGUGGUGGAAAUCAUACCAUUCUUUUAACUCACGAUUACCAGCUUAAGGGGGCUGGAUUAAAUUCGAGACGUCAAAUUGGACCCAAACCUGGAAACUACAAUUUGAAAGAUACAUUGGAACCAAUUGGUUUUAAAACACAACAAAUAUUGGACAUUACAUGUGGUGAAAACUUUACCCUCUAUGCCUUAAUGAAUAAUGAAUUGUGGUUUUCAGGAGCAUGCUGUGGAACAAAUUCAGAUACAUUCACACUUCUCACAACUUCUCCUGCUCCAAUCAAAUUUCUUUCGUGUGGAUAUGAUUUUGUAGUAUUUGUUGAUAUUUAUGGUAGAACUUACACCAAUGUUUCUAGUUUGAGUAGUGUGCCAUUUGAGGUUGGAAAAAUAGACUUGGAAGUUGUGAACAAGAUUGCUGCAGGAAAACAAUUUGUUUAUUUCAUUCAUGCGUGUACGUCUAAACUUGUGACGGAUCAUUUUUGUAAAUUGAGAAGGAUCAUGAACGAAGAAUUACUUUUUGAUGUGACCAUUAUAUGUUAA